AAGAGAUAUCAGGCUCAGGCAAAGAAGAGGCGGAAUUCAGGACUACCGUAGGUUCGUCGGGACAGGGGAGACACAAAUACUGUACUAUACGAUCGGCUGCUGCUCUCACAGCUACCGGUAUCGAUCUGGUCUACUUGGAAUUAUUCUGGUAUUCUGGUAUACCCUCCAAACACUGCCUCUUUCUUUACGCCCCAACGGCAUACUCGACUCGACUUGAUCAGCCCACCUCAUAAGUCUAACUUGAGAUGUCCAACUCAAAUAGGCCGCCAGGUCGAGAGUUUCCACCAGCAGGUCGUGGGCAACCGCCAGCUGCAUCCCCCCAAAUUCAACCUCCUUCCCGCCCUCCCCCUUAUGGCCGCCAUCAUUAUCAGCGACAUCCUCCUCCUAUGCCCCAUCAUUGGGGUCCCCAACCUGGGUAUCACAAUGCGGCUUCGUUUUCGCCUAACUAGUCGACAAUCAUCGCAAUCCAUGGCCACUCCCAUCCCUCGUCAGGGUUAUCGGCCACUUCCCCAUGGAUUUGCCCCACAUCCGCCGACACAAUGCCACCCUCACUUUCACCGCAACAGCUUCCAUCCGGUUCCUGGGUCGCGACCUCAUCCUCCUGGCUAUGGCUACACUCCACCAGCUGCUACUGAGAAAAAUCAAUUCAGGAAAAAUCACCAAGUACAUCAGGAGCACAUGGGGCAGUCUCAAAAGCCUACUAGUCAGGAAGCAAGGCGCCAGGUUAACAAACCUCAAGCAGCCAAUGCCGACCCGCCAUCCGGAAGUCCUUCUGCACGGAAUCCAGUUUCCAAGAAGAGGGAAGGGGAAAAUUCACCACAACAGCAGACAACAGAAGAAGGAAACUCGCCACCGCCUGCAAGAGAAGAUGAUGUUCCUUGGGAAGAACAAUAUGCAAAGAUAAAGAAAUUCUUUCAGGAUCAUCAGCACUGUGUUGUUCCAGGCUCUUUCGGUGGUAAGAAACUAGCAAAUUGGUACUCCAACCAGAAACGGGAUUUGAAGAAUGGAACAAUGAGGGCUGACAGGGUGGAAUUGCUUCGGGCAAUAAAGUUUUUCUGUUACGUUACAAAAUGGAAUAUCGAGUUCGGCAAGCUGCAAAAAUUCAAGGCAGACAACAAUGAUGGACGCUGCAUGCCUUCAUCAACAGAUAGUCAAAACCACGAACUAUUCAAAUGGGCCAAGAUGCAGAAAAUAAACUUGGCACACAACCACAAGACUCUAACGGCUGAAAUGCGACAAAAGCUCAUGGAUCAUUUUGAUCUAAAUCCGGAGAUUGAGAGAGCAAAACGGGCUGCAAGUGAACUGCAUGGGAGUGCCAAGUGCGCCAAUGCAGCAAGGACGUGAAGAUAUGGCCCUCGUUUAGCUCUUGUUCCAUAGGGUACAGUGAUGCUGUGACGAUACUGGCGCGCGCUGCCGGAACGGUACUGUAUGUACUUUUUCGCACUGGCAGCUUCUUGUGCCCAUGGAUCGUUGCCCCAACGGUACCGAUACGUAAAAUCGAAUCGGCGGCUCCGCAGACGUUCCAUGAAGUGCAUAUUCGUUUGAUUGCUGGGUGCCUUUCAACAGGAGGUAUUUAACUAAUGUACUAGAACCUCGUUACAUAUGC